AUGAAAGAUAAGACCACGGAUAGAGUUUACUUGGUUAUUGUGGUUGCAAUGGCGAUGUAUUUGCUGUUUGGGCUGACCGUAUACUACGAGCUCCCUUUCAACAACAUAACGCUUGUGAAAAAAGAGCAGCACGCCCCCAGCAGCCCCCUUAUAAUAUAUUCGGCUGAGGACUUCCACAGGAUAAAGAAGAAGUGCGUCUGCUGGGUUGGGUGCACCUGCAUUGCCAUGCACAGCAACCAAAUUCUUAGAAACACGGUGCUGUCCAGCCCGAACGUGAACGUGAUCGUGAACAGCCCAUUCGACCUGUCUUUUCUGCUGGAGUAUAAGCUAAAGCACUCGCCUGCCAUAUUUGAUGGCCUGGACAAAAAGCCUGCGCACCUCUCCACCCUUGCAUAUACUCUGAAGGACUAUGUCGAGGUGCUCGGGUACUUUCUUCGCGAGGCUAUGUUCUCUCUGCGAGAGGCCUGCUUAAAGAUGAAAGAAAAUGCAGCGGCCACGCGCACGGUAUAUAGCGUGCUGGCUGUGGUAUACAUACUGGCAGUUUUCAUCCGGGUAUUUCCUGCUUUUCGGAACAGGCCGUGCAGAGCGCCCCGUGCAGCUGCAGUUUUGGAGUUUAGCGAAUAA